GCUACUUUGAGGAAGAACUCUCUAUAGAUUAUGUGAAUCAUGCUCAUAUGAAAGCUUUCUCGGAGGCUCUACAAGCCGACGAUAACUCCCUGGUACCAGACCCCAUCCCUUCACCGACACACAGCUCUCGUCCAAGCACACCGGCUCUCUCUUCUCACCAUCACCAUCCUGCUCGAAUCCGGAAGGUUUCUGCGCUUUCAGACUUUGCUCCUGUGAAUGUGAAGGUCAAGAAGCGAAGACGAGGUGCUGACCGGGGAGUAGAGAGGAAACAGGAAUGGUUGUAUCUGCUCGUUCGUUGGCCCUUGCUGUUCUUCAUAUUUCUUUUCAUUGCAUGCGAGUUCGGCUUCUACGUCAUCAUCCGUCAAAUGGUCAAUGCCAAAGAAUGGCUCUCUGCCUGGCGAGGGCGCAAGGGACUUCUGAGAGCACGUCUAAGGGCUGCCAAGUCUUAUGAGGAAUGGAAGGACUCUGCUGCUGUCUUGGACGACUACUUGAAGUUCAAUGAAUGGAAACGCAUCGACGAAGAUGUCUAUUAUGACUGGAGACUUGUUCGGAAGGUUAAACGUUCCUUGAAAACACUGCGUGAGAAGGGCGAUGCUAGAGGUGUGCUUGGUGUCCUCGAGACGUGUAUGAGGACAAAUUUUGCAGGAGUAGAGUCCGCCAGAUUGUACAGCGAAACUUACUACGGGACCAAAGAUCUCAUCGAAUCUUAUUUCUCGGAGCAAGAGCUUUCACUCGAGUUCAUUCGUAAGAGCUCUGUACUAUCCAUCGAAGAGAAGAAGAGGUUCUGGAAGAGCGUAAAUACUAAUCUCGGCUUAACUGCAUUGUGUCUAUCGGGGGGUGCAUCCUUUGGCUACUAUCACUUCGGCGUCGUCAAGGCGUUCCUCGACGCAGGCCUUCUUCCCCGUGUCAUCACUGGCACUUCGGCUGGCGGUCUGGUCGCCGCUUUGGUCUGCACUCGCACCGACGAAGAACUCAAACUUCUCCUUCGGCCAGAACUCGCCCACAAGAUCUCAGCAUGCUCGGAGCCCUUCAAAGUCUGGUUCAACAGGUUUUUGAAGACUGGCGCAAGGUUUGAUAGCGUGCAAUGGGCUAGCAAGGCUUGUUUCUUCACUCGAGGCUCGAUGACUUUCCGCGAAGCGUACAUCAGGACUGGCCGUGUACUUAAUGUCUCUGUCAUCCCUGCUGAUAGACACUCUCCAACAAAGUUAUUGAACUAUAUUACGGCUCCGGACACUAUAAUAUGGACGGCUCUUCUAGCUUCGGCGGCCGUACCUGGCAUUCUUAAUCCUGUCGUAUUAAUGCAGAAGCUCAAGGACGGCCGAGUCGUUCCUUGGAGUUGGGGCAGCAAGUUCAAAGACGGUUCGCUGAGAGUUGAUAUCCCUGUCCAAGCGUUGAAUCUGUACUUCAACGUUACACAUCCGGUUGUCUCGCAAGUAAAUCCUCAUGUCCACCUCUUCUUCUUUGCCCCCCGUGGAUCCGCCGGGAAGCCUGUGGCACAUCGGAAAGGCAAAGGCUGGAGAGGGAACUUCUUGCUUUCUGCGGCAGAACAGUGGCUCAAAUUGGAGCUCACGAAGAACUUCAAGCUUAUUCGCGACCUCGAGUUAUUACCGCAAUUACUGGGUCAAGAUUGGUCAAGUGUUUUCCUCCAAAAGUUCGAAGGAGCAGUCACUAUUUGGCCCAGGACUCGCAUCAUGGACUGGUUCAGGAUCCUGAGCGACCCGGAUCCACCAGAAUUGGCACGUAUGUUGCAAGUAGGGCAGGUUGUGACCUGGCCCAAGCUCCACAUGAUCGAGAACCGUCUACGCCUCGAAAGACAAAUAUAUCUUGGCCGCCAAGAGGUCCGUCGAGCUCAGCAGGGCCGCAUCAAGAAUCCAACACCUCUACCACCUCUUACGAACGGCCAAAGUCGACAUAAUCCUAUCGAUGUGGAGUCUGCUGUUCCCACUCCGACCAACCCAGAAAUGCCUCUAUCCCUCGACACGGACGCCGAGUCGGCAUUCGCUAACGGGACUCAUUGGUUCUACAAACGAGGACAUGCUCCAUCUCCUGGCACUUCAGGAACGUCGACCGCGAAGGAAGAUACGGCUCAAUCUCGGAACCAGAGCCCUAACUCUCGUAGAGAUCCUCUGCGCUCUCCCGUAACCAGACGGAAGUGGGCAGCCGAGGUCGUCCAUACGGAAUCUGGAGAUGCAGAUGGCUAUGAGGAUGAAGAUAGCGGGAAUGGUGCAACGGACGAUGUAUCGACUUCACCGCCGAAGGCUGGGUCAUCACAUGCAAGAGCGCGAACAGAGCCUGGAGGUUCCUUCUUCCACCGUUUGAGGACACAAUCGAUAACUAGCCUUACCGUGCCUUCUCCGUUCGCUAGUCUGCGUAGGAAGAGCGGAUCAGUCCACACAGUUACGCCAACUGCAGAACAGACUUUCGCUUUUAAUGCAGACCCUUCAUGGAGUACUGACAGCUCGUCUGGAGAUGAUCUAUCGUUAGAGGAGCAGAGACAUAUUCACCAUCCGUCUGCGGUGUAUCCGCCAAAUGAUUGGCCGAGUGUUGGGGGCCAAGAUGGGGAGUCGCCAGGGGACGACGACGCGUUUUAGCUAAUCAAGCUAUCGUAGUUUGCUCUUUGUAUAAUCCAGCAUAAUGCACAUAUGUAUUCCUAGUUGUUAAUCGUUUAUAGCUGUGUUUAUCGGACUGCU